UUUUUUUUGAUAUUCCUCUGCCCCCGCGCCUUUUGGAGAAAACAUAUGGCCGCAAAGCACACGGGAAAGAGGCCGGGGUGAUCCUCGCAGAGUAAAUGCAAGUUUCCCUCUUGAUAUUGAGAUGUAAUGGUAAAAAUAAUAUAGUAUGUGUCUUGGAGGGGAUUAGUGACAGUCUGGUAGGUAAUACUGUUUGGAUGAUUUUCGAUUUAAGUGUAAAACAAGGAUUGUACGUCCGUUUAGCAUCUGUGUGUCAGUAAAGCGGAAUGCAGUGUAAAUGUGUUUUUUUUUUAAUUAAUUCACAUUAAUGCAUUUUUUUUCAUUGCAUGUUUGUAAUCCAUGAACGGGUGUAUGAAUAGCCUGGUGCUUUCAUGUAAGCCGUUUGUAGGGGAGCAAACCAUAUAGGGAGAGACGCGAGAUACUGAGAUAUCGCAGUCUGCAAGAAGCAGGCGGCAUGGCAGUCGUUGCAUGAAUUUAAAAGCACUGGCAGGGAGAAAACCGAUGAAAUGGUGCAGCUUAAACAGCGGCUCAGACGGCUGGAGCAGGAGGUGGCAGAGCACAGACAAAGUUCCUCUGUGCCACAGGGAUCGGGAUCCGGAUUGCACAAGCAGUUCUUCUCUGACUUGGUGCUCCCCAGAUUUCAGGAGAGCGUCUUCCUGGUCAGCACCUCUGGGACUUUGUCACAAAACCAGAUGCAUAAGCUGAAGUGCAUAAAAGUUUUGUGUGGGGCAAUAAAGAGGCCCCAGCUCCUGCCCACCUUAGAUUUCUGAAGGACACUGGCAGAAUUAAUGACUGGCUGUCUGACCUUGAUAAGAAAUUCAAGGUUACGACGAAUAAGACCUAUAUCUUGGCCAUCAUUAAAUUGUGCCAGUUCUUGUUAGUCGGACCUCAUUUGUGUCUAGCUCCGCAAAAAGGAAAUCGCCUACCUUUUGCGACAUUUGAGGAGACAGCUCAAAGCAUUGGGGAAGCGAAUAGUCGAGCACAGGCAAGAGGUGAAGGAGCAGAAAUCUGAGGAUGCCGACCCAGGAAAACCUCUCGGAGCUGGCGACCGAGCUGCAAUCCCGGAUCCCUGAAUGUCUCGAUGAUCUGUCUGAGUCUCCACAGAACAUCCUACUCCACAACAAGUGCAUAGGUGCAAUUGCCACCUAUGUAUUUGUAAACACGGGCCACAGGUAUAGCGUGGUAAUAAACAUGUUGCCGCAAGAGGUCACCAAGGUGCAGGUAUCAGGGGACAAGGUGGUCAUUCACGUAAAGGACCAUAAAACAGCAGGCUCUUUUGGGAGGGUAAACAUGGCCCUCUCCAAAAAAGAAUACCAGUGGCUCCACCAGUUUGCUCAGCUCCGCUGUGAGCUCCCUGGCUUCAGAUCCUUGGUUAAGACAUUCUUUUUCACGUCUUCAGGAAAGCCGUUUCGGAAACUGAAUGACACGGUGAUGGACACAUGCUUGAAUUGUGGCAUGCCCAAGGCAUUCACCAUGUCACAGUUGAGGAGCGGCGUGUUGACGUGUAUAGAGAGGGGCCUGCCGGAGGACCAGCGGCGGCUGGUGUCGCACAUGAUGUGUCACAGCGUGGAGACUGCCGACCGCUUUUAUGUCGCGGAACCUGAGCUCGCCGAGCUGCAUGUGGGCUGAGAAUGCCUCCGUCAGGCCCUGGGCCUCAGCAAUGUUCCACAGCAUUCUGGCGGUAGGCAGUCUCAGAGCGAAAAGGGCGGCGUUACCACCACCACCAGACGGUGACGAUCAACUAGAGGUCGACCGAUAUAUCGGCCGGCCGAUAUAUCGGGCCGAUAUUUAGCAUUUUUUAAUGUAUCGGCAUCGGCCGAAAUCCGAGUGCACUAC